CCUUCGUCGUUUUUGUUGUAGCAGUGAUUUGCUUUCCUCUCUCCGAAAAUUUUUUUGCGCCCUAUUUCCCCCCUUAACCUACCCGAACCCUAUUUUCCCCUUCAUCGUGUGUCAAAUGCCUCUCCUUGUUCUUGCGGUAUUUGAAUCACCGCUUUGUUUUUGAAGCCCUAAACUAAAGGCUUCUCUCACUCACUGUCUUCGUCGUCUCCUUCUCCAAUCCUCCCGUGGCAGUGGCGGCUCUCCAUUCCAUCGCCUCUUGAUCCAGCUGAGUUCUUCCUUCAUGGCGCUCGUCGCCCCUGCAGCAGACUGUAUUCAAGGGUUCUUGGAAGGGUUUAUGCGGGGGUUCCUCGAUUGAUCGUGAAUGAUCGUUUUUGGUUCCAUUUCCUUUCUCUUUUCGUGUUUCUUUCUUAGCCGGUCAUCUCAGCUGAAGUCCAAAGAUACUACAGACAAGCUGUUGACUAUUUGAUCCUAGGUCUUGCAGGAGUUUGUUUAGGGAUACUUGCUAAAUCAUCAAACGACUCGAAUCUAGGAGCUUCUGGUUACACAUACACAAUUAUAGCUGUUUGUAAGUUGGAGAUGGGUCACCUUUCGUUACGCAUACUCGAUUGUUUGUAAAAACUCUCUCUUCUAACCUUUGUUUACCACGCCAUGGAGACAUCAACGCGCCUUCUGUGGAGCACCAGCUUCUUCCGCCACAAGUUCUUCUCCCUCUUCAUUUUCUCCUGCUAAGCCGAUCGACAGAUCCCCUUCGAUCUAUCCAACUAGGUUGGGAUCCAAGGGAGGGAGAAAUCAGACGCGUAGUAUUUUUUUUUUCUAGUCGUAUUUGUUCAAUUCAGAUCCGAUCUGUUGAUCGUUUAGGAUCUGAGAAGAGAGGAUGGAUUCUAGUCCCCAUCUGAUAUUUGAUUCCUCUUUGUCGUCCACUCGCGCAUGGCUACUCGUGUUGGGCGACGGAACUCCAUCUUCCGAGGGUUGAGGUCGGCGGAGGAGCAUGGCACCACCAAGAGGCUGUUCUUCACAUCACCGGAUGAGAUUUACGAGGAGGAAUACUACGAGGAGCAGCUGCCGGAGAAGAAGCGCCGCCUAACGCCAGAUCAGGUAAAUUUAUCGGAACGUAGCUUUGAGGAGGAGAACAAGUUGGAGCCGGAGCGAAAGAGCGAACUGGCUCAAAAGCUAGGCAUGCAAUCGAGGCAAGUUGCAGUGUGGUUCCAGAACCAGCGUGCAAGGUGGAAGAACAAGCAACUUGAGCAGGAUUUUGAUCGGCUCAAGUCCUCAUAUGAGUCACUCCUUGCUGAUCAUGCUGCCCUCUUCAAGGACAACGAGGGAUUGCGGUUGGAGAAGCUAUCUUUGGAUCCUCAGCUGAAGUCCAAAGAUGCUGUUGAAGCCACCAAGCAGGUUUCUGUUGCCCAUACUGGAUUGAGUAAUGCUAAAUCGUCAAGCAUGUGGACUCCUUCAGAGGGUUGGUUGGCACCUAUUCUGUCUGAAUUUACCGAUGGUGGCAAUUAUUAUGUGCCCGCUUGUUAUGCAUCCCCAGCCUAUUUCUUUGGAGGUGGUGAAUUGUAAUGAAGAUUGCUUGGUCACUGCACUUAUCUGCAAUCUUUUGUUCCUAGCUAUAUAAAUGUCAUUUCUGUUUCCUUCUAAUUUGAGGACUUCACAAGGAGGCAUUUCUUUGAGUAUUGGGAGAAAUUGCUGGGUUUGCAAGCUGGGUAUGCAGAAAAAGAACCAGGGAGAAAUUGCUGGGUUUGCAAGCUGGGUUUGCAUGGUUGUGGUCUUAUAAACUUAAUUUUGUGGUUUCAUCUUUUGUGGUUGUCAUGAUUGGAUACUACUUGUGGUCAUGUUUGGAUAGCUUGUAGUAAUUGUAUAGAAUUGUUUAUAAACUUAAGUGAAUGUACACAUGUACCGAUUUUUGUUUGAGACAAGAUGUAUAUAUAAAUUAAAGACAACUAAUCGAAUGUA